AUGGACCGCCACGACGCAACAAACCAUAUAGGGACAGCUCUUCGCUCCCCGGAUUGGGCGGCACAGCUUGUCCGGGGUGGCGCCGUUGCCUGCAACACUUCCAUUUCGGUCGUGGUUUCCAUCUUACUCCUUGGCAUUGACUACUUUGACGUUGUACUGCAUUCUAUGGGAAAUCGGCUUCGUGGCCUGUUGGGUGCAGCCAGCUGGACAUCUACAUUCACGGCACGCCCUGCCUACUAUACCCUUAUUGGACAGCUUGCCAUGCAGGAACUGUCUUACGACAGUGAUCGAGUCUGA